AUGUGGUUGAUCGUUGGCUUGACCUUCUUUCAGUACAUCCAUGCGCAGGGGGCUGUUGACUUUGCAUAUGUUUGUGGGCUCACGGCGGCGUAUGCAGCGUCAAGCAUGAUACCCACCAAUGGGGUACUGCGCCGAAUAGAUGAAAGAACCACGGAUACCGUUCUUCCGACCUUGAUGAACACGAUCCUACAGACGAUCAUCGGAAUCGGGAUCAUGCUGGUGGUGGACUUCUUGCUUGCGUCGCGUGCCUCCAAUCAGGCAGACACCAUGGGCUUUAAUACUUGUGUCAUUCG